GAUAAUCAAUUGCCCGGUGCCUUCCUACCCCGUGAUGCAUUCCUGUCCCGCCAUCUCUCCACGACCCCCGAUCAAUUGCCCGGUGGUGAACCCUUGCUCUGUGAUCGACCCGUGCCCUGUGAUGGACCCGUGCUCACCGGCGAGCUCUAACCGCAUAGCUCUGUUCAGCAGGUACACUCCGGGCGAGUGGGUUGAGUCCAACCACAACAAUUACAAGCAAUCGCACUGCUCGAGGCACAACGCCGAGAAGCUGCGAGUGGACACCAAGCGACUGAUCCAGGACAAGGACCAGCUGACCAGGAAGGUGCAGAAUGACACCAGCAGCAAGAUCGGGGAGAGGGUGGAGGACAUCAGCUUCUGGAAGUCGGAGCUGGAUCACGAGCUAGACCAGAUGAUCAUGGAGAACCAUGCUCUCAGCCAACUGAAGAAGAAGGUGGAGAGAGCGCUGGAGGAGACAGAUGCUCACCUUCAGAUGUGUCAAGAAUGUUUGUACCAUCGUGAGAAGAGAAUGGGCAUUGACCUGGUCCAUGACGAGGUGGAGAAACAGCUGCUGGAGGAAAUGAGAGUCAUCAAAUGUUGCCAAGAAAGAUUGAAAAGAGGUAUAGAGAGAGCCUCAGCCCAGCUAUCAUCUAACCGGGCAGCUCAGCAUGAGCUCGAGCGAGAUUUAUGUGACAAGUGCACAGCUUAUUGGAUCGACGAUAAGGCUCAUCAGAUGAGAAACACCUCGGACGGCAUCAACUAUUACUGCGGAGUUGAGCAAGUGAACGCCACCAUUUCAACUCAAGCAUCGUGGGGAAAGUACACGGAGGACAAUGUGCUGCGCUCCCAGUGCGAGCGAGCUGCGUCAGCGAGGCUGAGAGAUGAGCUGGAGAAACUCCUCGCUGCCACGUCGGAGGAGAUGUGGAAACAGUUCAACAACGUCAAUCUCGCUUUCACUCACCGCAUCUUUGAGAUUGGCGACGCCAAGAAAAAACUACAGAUGCACCUGGCAAAGGUUCUACAGGAAAUCUUCCAGACUGAGUGCACCAUUGAGGAGCUGAAGAUGGCCAUCAGACAAAAGGAAGCUCCCAUGAAAGUAGCACAAACCCGUCUGGAGGAGAGGACCAAAAGGCCCAACAUGGAGCUGUGCUGUGAUCAACCUCAGCACCGGUUGGUCUGUGAGGUCUACACGAUCGAUGCCACCAUACAGAUGUUGAAGCAGCGUCUCCAGGAAUCACAGAACGCCCUGCAGCUGCUGGUGCAGACCAAGUCCAUCCUGGAGCACGAGAUCGCCAUCAAGGCCAACUCUCUCUUCAUCGACCAGGAGAAAUGCAUGGGAAUGCGCAGGACCCUCCCCAACACCCCCCGUCUCAUCGGCUGCACCCAGAUCAACACGGGACACUACUGCGCCCGCCCGUCUCCUGAAAAGAAGCCCUGCAACUGCGGAUGCAAAGGGAGAAAGAAGAAAGUAACAUAAUUCAAUUCGGAACCAUAGGACCCAAAGGCUUCAAGGCCAAAAGCGUGUCGGAAUUUCUUUCCCAAAACAAGUUUUGACUAUCGAGUGAAAAU